CUUACACAUGUAACUUUCCUAUAUCAACAAAAAUAACAUAAAUACAAUGCCUGCCCGAGUCUUCCACGGCACAAUAAUCCACUCACGCGGGCCAUCAGACCUGCUCAUCCUCGAGAGUUCCGUGCUCGUCGUCAGCGACAAUGGCAAGAUCACCAACGUAAUCCUAGGCAUACCCAAAGAAAGAGUCCCCUCCCUGCUCUCAUCCCUCAACAUCCCCUCCUCCGCAAAAAUACGCUACCUAUCCCCACGCCGGGAAUUUCUCAUCCCCGGCUUCGUCGACACGCACAACCACGCGCCGCAGUGGGCGCAGCGCGGGCUCGGGCAGAGCAUGCACAUCCUUGAGUGGCUCGAGCAGGUGACGUUCCCGAACGAGGCGCGGUUCGCCGACCCGGCGUACGCGCGGCGCAUCUACUCCGACUGCGUCGAGAGUUUCCUGCGCCAGGGCGUCACCACGGCCUCCUACUACGGCUCGAUGCACGCCGAGGCCACCACCAUCCUCGCGGACCUGUGCUGGGAGAAGGGCCAGCGCGCGCUCGUCGGCAAGUGCAACAUGGACCGCAACGCGCCCCCGUACUACCGCGACUCCAGCGUUGAGGCUUCCCUCGCCGACACCGAAGCCUGCAUCGCGCACGUGCGGCGCAUAGACCCGCAGGGCGCACUGGUGCAGCCCGUGCUAACGCCGCGUUUCGCAAUCUCGUGCACGCCCGCCCUGUUGGAGGGUCUGGGACAGAUCGCCGGCGCGAAUCCGCACCUGCCGAUCCAGACGCACUUCAACGAAGCCGAGCAGGAGAUGCGGUUUACGGCGGAGCUGUUCCCGGAGUUCCGCGGCAGCGAGGCGGAUUUGUACGCGCACUACGGCCUGUUGAGCAGCCGCUCCAUCCUCGCGCACUGCUGCCACAUGAGCGAACACGAGAUGCGCCGUGUCCAGGAACUCGGGUGCGGCGUCGCGCACUGCCCGGUCUCAAACAUGACUGUCGGCGGGGGGUUCAUGGCGGCGCCGGUGCGAGACUUCCUGAGCCGCGGGAUUAAGGUCGGCCUAGGCACUGAUAGCGGGGGUGGGUUCUCGAGUAGUAUUCUUGAUGCGAUGAGGCAGGCGCUCGUCGCGUCGAAUGCGCGCGAGGUGAUGAGCGAGGGUCGGGAUAAGGGGCUGGAUAUCGGGGAGCUGUUCUUCCUGGCUACGCUUGGGGGUGCGAGGGUGUGCGGGCUCGAAGAUAAGAUUGGGAAUUUUGAGGUUGGGAAAGAGUUCGAUGCGCUUGUUAUUAAUGCGAAUGCGCCGGGGGGGAUCAUGACCAUGUUGGAAGAUGAAGAUUCCCCCAGGACGAUAUUUGAUAAGUUUAUCAUGACGAGCGAUGAUCGGAAUAUAACCGAGGUGUACGUCCGAGGGCGGUCGGUGAAGCCGUGACGAGAUGCCUGAUACUGGACACUUCACGAGUCAAGCUCACUGCAGCUACGAGGACUAUCGCUCAACUAUGAUAUUUCUUUGACUUCUUUACAUUAUUUGUUCCUGGGUAUCUACGCGCUAAG